GGGCUUUGCCCUAACAGUCAGACACAACUGCCGUACUGAGAUGGAGGUACAUAAAUUUGAAUAACACUAAAUUUUCCGUGCUCGCUAUUAAAUCCGUAGCAGACCUUGCAAGGCGAAGCAUAGACUAAAUUGAUAGGAUACCAUCGAAAGGACCAUGCGACAAGCUCUCUAGAAGGAGCAGUUCCAAGUGGCAGGGUUCCAAAGACGCAACAUUAACAAACAAAAAUCCAAAAAACCCACUGAGAAUGCUGGUAAUGGACGCCCUCUUCAAUAGUCUGCUCGUGGUCAGCUCCGGCUAUGCAAUUUACACCUUGCAUCCGCUGCAGACCCCGUACGGAUAUGGGGCGGCAACCCUAAGUCUGAUCCACGGACUGCUGGGCGUGGUACGGGCCACCCGCAAUGAUGACGACGACUGCAAUCGGUUGCGACUGAUCACGUCGGGAGUCAUGGAGAUUGCUCCGCUGCCCAUAGUCAACAUAGAGCUAUAUCUGAAGUCGUCGAGUCCCAGCCUGGCCUUGGCCCAUAGCUGCUUUUUGGUGCCUCUUGCCUACGAUAUUCUCGCCAAAAUGGGCGAUAACGAGGACAGCUCCACGGAAUCGCUCAAGGAGCUCACGCUCCUGGGAAACCUGGUCUCACUGCUCUUCCUGGGCGUCAAUCAGUCAAGCAAUAUGUACGGAGCCAUGGCCGCUGUGGCCUUCGGGGCCCGCUACGGCUCCCUGAUACUCGAAUACUACCGUGAAGGUCUUGGUUCUGACUUCAGGCUGCUGGCGAAUUCCCUCUUUAUUGUGCUGAUGACCCUGACCCUGUCGGCUAAGUAACUAUCAAUCACCACCCAAAUCCUCAGCACUGUCGGGACUCCAUUAAAAACCCAUCCAAAACCCCUUUUUCGCCAACUCAAGGCUGCGGGCUUGCGGUUCAUUGGCUCAACAAUGGCUCAACGGCGGCUCAAUAAACUUGCAAUUAAUGUUUGCAAAUUAAAAUUCAAAAAUAAACAUUCAUUGUUUUGUCCCACACAAAAAAUUAAGUGUCCCCCAUCAUCACCAUGAUACUCCUCACAUCCAGGCAAUCUACUGUCUUGAGCGGGAGCAGCUGGGAAUAACACUGCCUCAAUUUUCAACGUUAACGGGGCCUUUCCGUGGAUGCGCAAAUAAGUUGAAAACUUUUGGAUAAUGCUCGUAAUAAUUCCUAAGAAGGAAUAAGCGGUUACACUAAAAGAGAUUUAAAGUUAAGG